AUCCCCGUCACACCUGGCGGGGCACCCACCGCCCCUUCCCGGCGAAGGACACGCCUGUGUUUGCGGGUGGGAAAUGACACUCCGUGGCAGUCCGCCUGGACUCUCUCUUUCAGGUGGUACGGCAGCGGGAAUGACGGUGAACACACCGCUGUGCUUUAAAGGAAAGAAGAUCCUGGCCCCAAUGGUGCGAGUGGGGACACUGCCAAUGCGUCUGCUUGCACUGGACUAUGGUGCCGAUAUUGUGUACUGUGAGGAGCUGAUUGACAUAAAGAUGCUACAGUGUAAGAGGGUUAUAAAUGAAGUACUUGAAACAGUGGACUUUGUUGCACCUAAUGACAGAGUUGUUUUCAGAACUUGUGAAAGGGAGAGAGAACGUGUUGUCUUCCAGAUGGGUUCAGCAGAUGCUGAAAGAGCCCUGGCAGUAGCUAAACUUGUAGAGAGUGAUGUGGCUGGUAUUGAUAUCAACAUGGGAUGCCCAAAAGAAUAUUCUACUAAGGGAGGUAUGGGAGCAGCACUGCUGUCUGAUCCUGACAAAAUAGAGUCUAUAUUGACCACCCUUGUUAAAGGAAUUUGUAAACCAGUAACCUGCAAAAUCCGCAUUUUGCCCUCAGUGGAGGAUACUGUGAAUCUGGUGAAGAGGAUAGAGAAAACUGGCAUUGCUGCCAUUGCAGUCCAUGGAAGGAAGAAGGAGGAGAGGCCUCAGCACCCUGUCCAUUGUGAUGUGAUCAAGGCCAUAUCUGAAGCUGUCUCCAUUCCAGUAAUAGCAAAUGGAGGAUCUCAUGACUUCAUUAAGGAGUAUGCAGACAUUGAGACCUUCCAGAAAGCAACAGCUGCCUCAUCAGUCAUGAUUGCUCGUGCUGCCAUGUGGAACCCCUCUGUCUUCAGAAAAGAGGGGUUUUGCCCCUUGAAGGAUGUCAUGCAAGAUUACAUCAAAUAUGCAGUGAGGUAUGACAAUCACUACACCAACACUAAAUACUGCUUGUGUCAGAUGUUAAGAGAACAGUUGGAAACUACUCAGGGUAAGAAGCUGCACGCUGCACAGUCCACGCAGGAGAUCUGUGAAGCCUUUGAAAUGGGUGACUUCUAUGAAGAAACCACAGCUAUUUUUGAAGCAAAGAAAACAUCUUUAGAAACCAAGGUACAAGAUGAAGAUGACCAGAUGGAAGAUCCAGAUGUAAUAAAAAUGGCUGUAAGAUUUGACAAGCGAGAAUAUCCACCACAGAUCACUCCAAAAAUGUAUCUUCUGGAAUGGUGUAGGAAGGAAAAGCAUCCUCAGCCUGUUUAUGAAACUGUUCAAAGACCACUGGAUAGAUUAUUCUGUUCAGUAGUGACAGUAGCUGAGCAAAAAUACCGAUCAACUCUGUGGGACAAGUCCAAGAAACUGGCAGAACAGGCUGCAGCUAUUGUCUGUCUGAGAACAUUGGGUGUCCCAGAGGGAAAGCUCUGUGAGGGAGAAAAUCACCUGAUUACCAAACGCAAGAGGGGGGACCAGGAGCCCUUGAUUAGCAGAGACCAUGGAGAGGACCUUGCUGAGCCUUCCCAUAAAAAAGCUAAUUUUAUUGAAGAAACUUCUGAUGUGAAUGUGCCGAAGAUGCCACGAUAGCACAGAAUUAAUGGAAAUUAGAGGUUUCAUGCCUAUGCAGCUACAAAUGACCUCCUGUUUGUAUAUCUUGCUGUUCACAUUUCAUUUGGAUUCUCUGAGAGACAGAUAAAUUUCCCAGUUGUGAAAAAUGCCACUGAGAUGUUUACUGUUCACCACUCACUGUCCCUAUGGUGCCUUUCAGAUGAUAAUUAGGAACUUGAUUUUAAACAACAUGGAGAAGGUAAUCCCAAUAAUAAACUUUUUUAAAAUAUCAGGUAUUUUCAAAGCAAUUUUGUCAUUGGUUUCAUUACUUGUUUUUUUAUUUUAUUAAGUCUACAGUGUGCGGGUAAGAAAUGUAUCAAUACAUCAUCCACAAGCAGAGGAAUGUAACUGUGUAUUGGAACUGUGUAGUUAAUCAGAAAAAUCAAUGUAGGAAAAUAAUUAGUAGCAAAGUAGACAUGGUUGUGUCAAUUGAGUUUUAUGCAUGUUUUGCAAGCUUUGUUUAUAUCCCUCAUGUAUCAAGAAAAACUAUUUUUGGAGAAAGAAGGACUUAAAAAUUGUAAGACAAGCAUUAAAAUAACAUUUUUCUGUGAUAACUUCUACUACAUUUUAUUAGAAAUAUGCCAGUAGACUUAACUGUCCUUUCCUGGUCUUCAUGGUCUUAGGUGUUAACACUUGUGUCUUUGCAGUAAGGAACUGGAGCCAAGCCUGGUAGCACUGACUUUGUUGAACGAAGGUCCUUUUCAUCUUUUGAACUUGAAAGUCCUCGUAAAUGUCUACAAGUAGAUUACUUGCAGUAAUGGCCAUCCAAAUAUGGCCUUGUAUGUUCUUGAAAUGUGACCUUGUUUGUCUCAGUAAUCAGCUGUUGGAGAUACAGGGGUCUUGAUCAAAGGCCCAUGUUCUCUUCUUUGUUUUCCGUCAUCACAACUUCUUAUUCAAGUAAACUGCAAGUAAAUGCCAGGAGAGUAUACAGACCCUGUCUAAUUCAUGACAACUCAGCUGAGCUUGUCUGAUUCAAAUUAGAGUUCUGAAUCCUCAAAAGAAUGCCAGAAGAAUUCAGAGAUAUCUGUUAUUAGCAGUUUAUUGAAACAGUGGCUUAGUUUCCCUCACCAGUGUGAGGGAUCUUAAGAUUAUCAGCUCUGGUCUGAAAACAAAAUGAUGGGGAUGUACAUGCCAUGAUCUCUAAAGUACUUUGUAUAACGAAUGUGCAAGAUACAAUUCAUUUGUCUGUAAUUCUUAAAGAAUCUUUCUAUUUAAAAUUUUGAUUCUUCUCCUCAAGUGGUAGUGCCAUAUUAAACCAUUCUUUUAAGAAGGAACAA